UCCACAUUUCCGUAUUCCAAUUCAAUUUGGAUCAAUUCAUUCUGAUAAAUCUGUUAAUAAAUUCUGUUAAUGGAAGAUUACUUGAAUGUACCGCUAAUCAAAGAUCCUAGGUUGGUGGAUAUAAAGAUGGCGCUGCAAAUUUUGUAAUUUACAACUUGUGAAUUAAUUCAUGUGUUUGUAAACAAACAGUGAUUUUUGUUGAUUAUUUAUUAUUUUGUUUAAAAUGUCUGCAUUUUUUAAGAACUUGUACAACAAGCGAAGAACCACGCAUCCAUUUCGAUGGUGGAUCAAACGAAAAGCUGAUAGUUUCAAACCAGAGUUAACCAAAGACAAUCAAAAAUUUAUCGAUGACUAUUUCCAAACCAAUUUUAGCACACCUUUAAUUGUUCCUGAUCUAUUCAACAAAUCUCAAAAAGUAUGGACUCCAGAGUCACGAAGAGUUGGUUUGAUUGCUCGGAAGAUAGGAGUUUAUCCGAUGUGGUUGAAAGAUGGCCAACGAAUUCUCACAACUCUCCUGCAAGUCAAUGACAAUCAUGUCAUCAAAUGCUACAAUUCAGAGCAAUUUGCAAAUCAAGUCAUUCAUCAAGAUAGAUAUAGAUAUCAGGGUUUAGCAUGUGCUAUUAUCGGUGCAGAAAGUGAUCAUUUUAUUAAAUACUCAGCAGGAUAUGCUGGACUUUUCGUCGAAGCCGGGUUGCCACCCAAGAAAAAGUUGACUAAAGUACCAAUCACUGAUGAUGCAUUGUUGCCUCCAGGAACACCUUUAUAUGCUACUCAUUUUCGUCCAGGCGAUUGGGUUGAUAUUUUUGGAUUGACAAUUGAACAUGGUUUUCAAGGAGUUGUUAAAAGAUGGGAUUUCGCUGGUGGUCAUCCAAUAAAUACAACAAAAUGGAAACGAAGACCUGGGGCAAUCGGUCAUGGUCGGCGUGCUGGUGGUCCACACAAAGGUAAAAAGAUGCCUGGACAUAUGGGACGAGAAAGAAAAACUUUGAAUGGUGUCGAAAUUAUGAGAAUAAAUACUAAAGAAAAUGUAAUUUAUGUGAGAGGACCGGCAGUACCGGGCGAGACGGGCAACUUUUGUUAUAUAUUUGACACCAAAAUAAUUGAAAAAAAGUUAACUGAGAAAAAUCCACCACCGUUUCCUACAUAUUUCCCUGGAGAUAAUGAGUUGCCUGUUGAUUUGUACCAUCCUGAUGUUCAUCGUUUCGAGGACGAAACUAUACAAUUCGUUGAAACCGAAAAAGAGCAACAACAAAGGCGUACCGGUGCUAAAAUUGCUAAAAUCCGAAAAUAAAUUUGUAUUGAUGUUUUUUUUCUAUUAGUUUAUUUAAUUAAAUUCAAUUUGUUUGUCACUUUUUAGUUCUACAAUGUAUUUUACAUACGGCGAGUAAAUAUCAAAACCUAAGGAAAUAAUAUUAUCAAAAAACAUUCUGUACCGCAAAGGUAUAAGGUAAAAGUUUAUGUAUUGUGCAGGUGGCCAGAUCACCCAUUCCCAUAAAUAAAUGUUUUCCAUCCCCUUUUCAA